CGUCACACACACACAGUCAACGGGGAGGCACCGUUUGUGAUUGUCUUCGUGGGUGUCAAUGUUUUCGACAGAAAUGUUUAAGAAGAAACCAAACAUUCCUCCACGACCAUCUCCCCCAGGAAUAACUCAAUUAAUAGCAGAUCUAGAUAACUCGGACAGUGAUGACAUUGUUUUCCAGAGAAAUAAACUUGCUUUAGAAAAUUUGCUGAAUGAAAUAGAAAACAGUGAAGAGGACAGCGGUGCUGGCGAUGAUGAAAAUGAUCCAGAAAAAUUGUAUCUCCGGGUGAAAAAUUUUGUGGAAACAAAUAAUAUACUGCACGAAUACGUGAAAACAUUGGAGCAACAAAAUGACAAUCUUCAAAUCUGUGACGCUGAAUUGAAACGAAUAGCGGAAGAGAUCCGGAAACAGGCGCAACAAGCGCUAAAGUGAACUUGGAAUACCGCAGUUGUAAUAAAAGGAAGACAGCGUCUUUAAUCUGGAAUUAAUAGUCCGUUUUCCUGACGCAUAGUGAAUGUUUCCACUUAUUAUUGCCAUGUAUUUUAGCUGUUCAGUGAGCGGCGAUGUGCCAUUUCUUGUGCACCAAAUGUAAAAUUUUAGCUGGUGUGACUUUGUUUUAAAUUAUUUGAUUUCGCUUGUGUUUAUGUUGCUGUAUCAACCUGUUGUUGCGUUUCAAUAACUGAGAUGUAUUUGAAAUUGUUCAUGAGACAUAAAUAUGUGGGUACAGUAAUUGAAAUGUAAUAUGAAACUGUAUAUGAUUGUUUCCAGUACAAGUAGCUAUGAAGGUUGGGUAUAGUAGCUCAUGGAGCCAAUCUGAGGCGCCAAUGUAAUUAAAAGAAUAGCUGCUGCUCACCACAUAGUGGAGAUGGUGAGUCGAAGAAAAACACAACAAAAACACUACCAAACAACUAGCUUUCAGCCAACAAGGCCUUUGUCUAAAUUACACAACAUACACACACACAUGCAAAUGCAACCCACAUGCAUAUGAUCACAGUCUGUAGCAAGUGGUUGUGUGUGAAAGAGUUGCAUUUGCUUGAGUGAGUGCGUGUGUAUAUGUUUAAUUUUGACAGAGGCCUUGUUGGCCAAAAGCUAAUUGUGUGACAGUCUUUUCUUUUUUUUUUUGUCUGUGAAUUCUGUCACUCAGCAUCUCUGCUGUAUGGUGAGUAGCAACUAUCCUUUUCAUUAUAUUAUUACAUUCCAUCCUGAUUUUCCAUUGUUCAAUCUGAAGUACUUGAGACAAUAUUCAAACUGUUGUUGCACAGGCCAUUAGGUAGAAAUACUUUUGUGAUUUGCUUCAGGCCAGUGUGACCCCUAGUUCAUUGUUUACCAGUCUCUUCACAUCACAAUGAGCAGAAUCAAGUAUGUGGAGCCUUUGGCAACAUUUAUCAAAGAGCUGUGGUAUUUGUUUAUACAGUGUCCUUUGCUUGCAAAUUGCAUUGCAGGAAACUUUAUCUUUUUGUUGUAUUUGAAAACUUCAUUUACGGAAGGUAGUAGUGUACAUAUUUUUUCCCAAUAAUAGUGUAUGUUGCCAGAUAUUUAAAAAUGUGUUUGUAAACCAGUUUACAUAUUCCAUGUCAUAGAUAUUGUCAAAUUGUUAUAGAUAUUGUGAAAUUGAUUGCUGGAAGAUGCAAAUUGCAUAUUAACCAGACACAUUGAUUCUCAGUAAAUAGUUUUGAACACA